AUGAAUAAUUCAAUACGACUAGAAUCAAAUACCAUUGACGUUGCAACUCUUGAAGAAUUGAGAGAUCCGAAUUUAAUUAGCAGAUAUCCCCCAUUAUUUAAUCGCAGACAAAAUUUAAUAUCAAUAGAUAGCCGCCACAAACUAGAUAAUUUCACCAACCACCUCCCACAACAAUCAUAUAUAAAACAACAAGAAACAAAUUCAGGAUUAUUUAAAACAGUCCCAUUAAAACCUUUCAGAAGUGUUCAGUCAUUUGAAUCAACGAGUAGUAGUACAAUACAAUCAUCAAAACAUGCCAAAAAGAAACGAUUUAGGUUAUUUAAAUUUUUGAAAGGAUUUUCACGAAAUUCGGAAAAAUUACAACAACGAGAAUCUUUAAAACAAUCAAUAAGUAGUCCAAUAACCAAUAAUGGUCGUCCAGGAGGACCAUAUCCUACUCUUGCACUUCAUCCUCCUCGUCCUUCGUCUUCGUCACCACAUUCUCCCCAGGCAAGAUUUAGAAGUAUAAAACCUUCACCUGGUUCAAAUAAUAAUGAAAUUGUCAGGUCAGGCACCAUAUAUACAAAUAGUCUAUAUCCUACCCGAAGAUCAAACUCAAUCAAGAUAAGACAAGAUACAUUAGGUGAAAUAAACAAUACUCGAAAUUCAUUAAAUAGAAGAGAUACAUAUUUUGCCCAAUUACGAGAUGAACAAAUAAAUUAUCAAGCAGCAGCAACAACAUCAGCAUCAGCAGGAUUAUUGUCGCCAAUGAUGAUGCCAAUGUCAGCUGUGAAUACUAUAGUUAUCCCCCCUAUUGGAUCGAAUUAUAAUCAUCGAAGUUUACAAAAUCCAGCAGUAUAUGCGAAUCCUAUCAUACAUCCAAACUUACAUGAUAGUGAAUUUAGAAGAAAUGGAGGGGUGACGUUUGCGAGAUAUGAUUAUAUGAAUCUAGAUCCGAAUGGGAUGUCUCCUGAUGAUGAAGAAGAAGUGGAGGAUGAGGUGGAAGAGGAGGAGCACAAUGUGUUAUAUGGACAAAUAGGGUCACUGGUAUUCUUGCCUACAACUUCAGCAUAUCCUAUUCCUACAACAAGUACAACUUCUGGAUCGAAUGACAGUUUUUAUAGUAUUCUUAAAUCACCAUCUUUUGAUCAACAAUCAUUUCAAGAAAGAAAUAAUAAUAAUCCCAAAAGAAAGGCGUCAUCACCAAUUUAUAGAAUUACGCAUAAUUAUAAUCAUCAUAAUCAUAGUAAUAUAUCAUCACCUCCUGAUUCAUAUUAUUCCAAUGUUGAUGAACGUUUACAUAGAGGUUAUAGAAGAUAG